CAUCGGAAAGCUCUCGGUUCAAGGCGAAAUGCGUCUCUAGUCUGGCAAUCUACGCUCCCUUGGGACAAACAAACAGUCAGUCAUUCAUCAUGCUGACCGUUGACAACUUCAGCAGCUGCGGUUGAACCGCAUGACCCUUCCCUUCCCUUCCACCGAGCGACGACAUACCGCCGACGUAUUCUACCGCGAAAUCGAGCUGUCCAGUAUGGAGAAGGUUCAGCGGGAGAUCGAGAGAACGGACCCCGAUGUCCCUUUCAGAGCGACCGACAAGCAUGUCCAUCACACCUGGGCCAAGACAUUUCAAUCGCGACCAGAGCUGUACAUCAAGCCGCGAACGCUCGCCGAGAUCCAGAAGAUUGUAACUCUCGCACGGAGAUGUCGCAAGAGACUUGUGAUCGUUGGUUGCGGUCACUCGCCCUCCGAUUUGACUUGCAGUAGUAGCUGGAUGGUGAACCUGGACGACUUCAGUAAGGUGCUCAAAGUCGAUAAAGCAAAGAAGACACUGUUGGUGGAGGGCGGCAUCAGACUACGGAGGCUGAACGACGAAGCCAACCAACAUGGCUUGACGAUGCGAAACCUCGGCAGCAUCGAUGAGCAGAGCAUUGUAGGCGCAAUCUCAACUGCGACACACGGUAGCAGCUUACGGCACGGCCUUCUCUCUGACUCCGUCCGGAGCUUGAGGAUAGUCCUCGCCAAUGGCCAGGCUGUACGAUGCAGCAGAGAUCAGAACCAGGAGCUGUUCAAGGCCGCACUCGUCUCCCUCGGCGCACUUGGCAUUAUCGUCGAGGUCGAGUUUGAAAUGGUCAAUGCGUGCAACAUCGAGUGGACACAGACACUGCUACCCCUCAGUGAGAUUCUGCAGACAUGGGACAACAUCCUUUGGACGCAGAAAGAGUACACGCGAGUGUGGUGGAUGCCAUACAUGAAACGUGCUAUCGUUUGGUCCGCCGACAAGACCGACAAGCCAUUACGUGCGCCCGUGGACAGUUGGUAUGGCGGUUCCGUUGGCUUCCACACGUAUCAUAAUCUGCUUGCCCUUUCGAAUUGGUUCCCGUCCAUCUUGCCAUGGGUGGAGUGGUUCGUGUUCGGCAUGCAGUAUGGCUUUCGAACGGGUCAAAGCACCUCGGCUGUGGAACCAUUACGCACGGGACUGCUCAUGAAUUGCCUCUAUAGCCAAUUCGUGAACGAGUGGGCACUGCCACUCAGCGACGGUCCGGAAGCUAUUCAGCGUCUAUCCGCCUGGCUCAAUGGCGAGCCUCGAGAGAAGCACGAGAUUCCAUUCAGCAGCAAAGGCCUUUAUGUACAUUGCCCCAUUGAGGUCCGGGUCAGCGACACUUCCAAUGACCCAGACCGGGUGCGACCGUACCUUGACAAUACAGCUGAAUAUGGUCCGACGCUGUAUUUGAACGCCACGCUCUACCGUGCAUACCUCAGAGAUCCUCCUUGUCGGGACCGCUACUACGAAGCGUUCGAAUGGUUGAUGCGCGACAUGGGAGCCAAGCCGCAUUAUGCCAAGAAUUUCAUGUAUACCUCCUCUGAGCAGGUCCAGGAGUUACUUGGCAAUGGACUGCAGCAGUGGAGCAAGGUCCGUGACGAAGCUGAUCGUGAAGGCAUGUUUAUUGGCGAAUGGCAUCGGCGCACUCUCGGUCUGGGAAGCACACGCUACGCACUCGAGGAGCGUGAAGUGGCUCGCACGAAAGCAUCAAACGGCGGGCAAUUAUGGGUUGGAGAGGUUCGCAAAGAGUCAAGCGUUCAAGAGGCUUUCCCAGAACAGCCACUAUCGCUUGCCGGUGACAAUCUCACGCCGCUGAACAUCGACACAGUAAGAUCUGGGAGCCCACGUACCAGCAGCACUGCCAGCAGCUUCGACAUGGUACAUGGCGCCGAGACGGAAAAGAGCCAUUUAUGGCACGACAGCGAGCACGACGAGGAUGAGGAUACUGACCAAGUCGAGUCAAGAUUUCAUGGCCACCCAAAGCACAAAGUCUCUGGAACUGCUGUUUUUGAUAAAAUGUGAUGUGCACGGCAGUUCACAACAGGGCUGAAUAGGACGAUUACGAAAAGCUGAACGAUGCAUGCAUGUAAUGUGUAACUCUUCACUCGUCCCGAUCGAGUUUUGAUGAUCCUGCUCAAUCAAUAUGGUUUGAGGAAGUACUUCCUUGCGAGAAUUCUUGAAGAACGUGGCUCCUCUAGAUUAAUCUACUCUAGGCAGUGGAAUUGCAAGCAUCGGACUACUU